GCACCGCUAUGUACCGGAAGCCGCCAUCUUGGUCAUUCAACUAAACAUGGCGGACUAUGAGUUCAGCUUCGACGGUGUGAAGCAGUUUAUCGCCGAUAGAGGCGGCAGAGUCAGAAAUGUCGAACUUGUAACUCACUUCAGACAACACCUGAAUGAUCCCGCCAGAAAAGCGGAAGCCCGGGAGCUGUUUAAGGACUUUGUGAACAACGUGGCAGUGAUCAGGCAAGAAGAGGGGGAGAAGUUCCUAGUAUUGAAGAAGAAGUACAGAGAGCCAUCUGCACAGGUGUCGCGAGUCCGCCCUCUUGCCGUAGAGGAACUUGAGUACACAGGGGAGGAACCACAGAACAACUAUCCUUACCAGCCUCCCGAGCAACCCUCCAGCUAUCUGGCUUUUCAAGAACCCCCCUUACCCCCACCUCCUGCACUUGCUAGUCCUGUGAGAAGAGACUGGGAUGUUCCAGCACCACCAGCUGAGCAGGAAGUGGGUGGAUCUCCAGCCGGCUGGCAGCCGCCCUACCAACAACCAGAUCUUGUUCGCCGACAGCCAUCUUUCAACGACUACAACCAACAACCACCUUACGAUGAACCAGAGCCAAUUCCUAGACAGCUUUCAUUUAACCAACCACCAAAUCCCUACGAGCAUAACGACGAACCAUUACCAGUAAACCGUCAGUCUUCCUUUAAAGAACCGGUGUCGGUUGCUCGUAAACCCUCCUUUGAAAAGGCAAUCACACACAACCAGUUUCCACCUCAUGAACCGUCACCCUCACCAUUAGACGAUGCACACUCUCCUACUUUCAAACGACCUUCCCCUCCUGCCCAGAGUCAGAAUGGUGGCCCCAGGUCAGAGCUUCCCAGGAGCGACUCCUCGUCCAGAAUGGAGACUGGGUCCUCCCGCAGCGACACAGUCUCCAUCAGGAGCGACACAGCCUCCAUAUCUGAGAAGGGCGAAGCAGAGGAUGAUGGGUACGGCUCCAAUGUGUCAUCGGUUGCUAAGAGAGUUCAUUUUGCUGAGUACGAUGAGUACCUUAUCCUGCACCAAGACUUUGUCCCCUCCUCACAGUUAUACUAUCAUCACACUCAUAGACCACAACUUAUGCUGGAUGUUCUGGAAAAGGAGUGGAUGCUGAAAGCAGCUGUGGGCAAUGUGUCCGCACUCCGGAGGCUGCUAUCUCAGGACCCCAACCUCGCCUCAAAAAAGGAUUUUGUCUCGGGGGUAAGUCAGAGCAAACAGGAUGAUACCUUUUGUGUUGUCUAUAAUUAUCCUUAUCACAAACACAGGCAGGGUGCAGACCAGCUUUUCCGUCUGUGGUGAAACUUCUACUAAAUUAGAAAUAGCCUGUUUGAUAGCUUGGGGCUAGUACAACUGUGCCACACUACUGUUAUAGACAUUCUGGGGUGAGAUAACAUUCUCCUUCGGGCAUCUCGUCUCCACUCAGGCAAUCUAUCUGUAGUUGCCAUCUUCUUGUUGACAAAUACACUGGGAUGUAGCAACAUGUUUACACGAUAACAGUUGGAACGUGCUGUGUCCAGCCUUGUGUUGGGGACGUGGUGAUUUGUAGCUUCCUCGAGUAGAUACCUUUCAGAUCCCGGUUAUAUCUUUGUGGCAUCAGACUGGAGACCAGGCCUGUGGCGACAAGAUAGGAACAAAGGGUGACAGGCACAUGAUCGAAGGGACCAUUAAGACAUUGCUGAGGAACAGAGGAAUGUGGUUGUUGCUGACAGGCAUUUGGCCAUCGUUCUUGUUGACUAACUUUUAUGAUGUAUCAAAACUGACAAAAAAGGAAAGCAAAUCAACAGAAAUGAGUGGGAUGUGUAUAAUGUAUAUCUACUUCUACGGGUCUGAAUUUGUCCCUUUAAGAGCUAGUUUAGAUAUUAUAUACUUGCUGUUGAUUAGUAUAUUUUGUCACUUUAUGAAUCAAGACUAUAAAUACUGUGUGACUUGAUCAGCAGAAUGAUUUUCCCAUUUAGGUCUUGCCAGUAUGAUGGAAGCAUUAUGACCACAUUGAAUUGCAUGCCCUGAGGUUUCUCCACAAAACUGUGUUUGUUUAUAUGAAGCUGAAACCAUAUUCAUUAUGACAAUCAUAACUCCCUGCAUAUUGCCUCCUGCUUGCUUUAUGAAAUCCAUCUGCACAUCAGAGUGAUGAUUCUUGUGAUUCAUUAGCCGUGUGAUUAAUUCAUUACCGACAGUACAUUUUAUCCAGAGGGAAUGCAAAAUGUAAAUUUUUCAUGCUUUUCAUCUAUUGAAAAAUUGAAACUGAUGGAAAGUGAUUAACAAGGCAAAGAUAUUAAUGAACAGCAGUGUUAUAUUGAGGCUGGAUGUCUCCCCAUACAAUAGCAAGUCACAUCGACUCAUUCAUGCUAACAGCCAACAAAUGCUUACUCAUGUAUCAGGCAAGAGCAACUGGCAAGGCCCCAUUUGUGCGAGGAUGUUGGUCUGUUAUCACCAACACUCCCAGGGAAUUAGAGCAAUUGUUGGUCGGCAAUUUAUUCAUUAAUUCCAGAAAAGGCUCAUCUUUGCUGAUGGAGUAUUUUCUGUGUUCCUUUACAUGUGUAAAUGUGCUGCUGUGAUGCUGUGGUCCCUGAUGGAAACAUGGCCUACCUUCCUGUGGCCUGUGCUGAUUGGUGUUUGUGGAUGGGUCGUGUAGUUUACUGCAUUACACUGGGGUGCCAAACAUGGGAACCAAGAGAUUGUAGCAUUAAUGGCUGAUGCAGGCCUAGAUGUCAACCUCAGAUCGCAUGUGAGUAUGAAACCUUCAUCAUUUCUAAUGUCCGAGUCCAACUCUGAUAUGAAAAUUAAUAGCAUAUUCAUGAAGACCCAGACUUAAUGGCUUCCUUGGGGAACGGUUAUUACAACAAUGCCGGCAGAAAUUGCCCGGGAGGACCCGAUGCCAACACACAAAUUUCCCAAAAUGUGCAAAUUUUGCCGGGUAAUUGAUUGAUCCUAGGCGUUUUCAUCAAGAUUCUGUGGAGUGUGGAGGCACAGGGAGCACUGGAAUGAAUAUGGCAUUAUAGAAGUAAUGAGCCCGAAAAUAAAUAUCUGGUUACUUCAACAAAUUACUGUAGCCACAAGGCCAUUUGUCAUCUGAGGUUGGCUGGUUCUGUUGUGGACAGUUCUUCAAUACCUGGCCUAUUGCAAUAUCGGGAUGGUACCUAGUGCUCUCCGCAUGGCUGCAUAGAACCAUGAUACUUGAUGAUCCUUGAAGGAAUUGAGAAAAGAAGUCCACUCACAGAACAUACUUUUUCAGGGGGGUAUUAUGGAAGGUUAGAUACUGAAGUAACCAAAAGUUUGCCUCAACUUUUGAAAAAAUGUAUUCAUUCAUUUUUGAAGUCCUAAAAAGCAGCAGUCCUGCCACUAGAAAUGAUAAAGUACUUCUCAUGAUUAUGUGUAUCAUUGUUGACAGGGAUGUUACUGCAUAUUGUUAUCUAUUGUGAACUGGUGAUCAUUGCAUUUUUGAUAGUCUGUUUAAUCUAACAAGCCUGGAAAUAGUUUGAUGUUAUUCUCAAACACUUUCAUUCUUUCAUGAAAAGCUAUAAAACUUUUGCAAUACAUGGCCUGUUUUUAUGGCUUUAGCCUAAAUAUUUCAUACCAUUGAUGAUCUAUUGGAUGACUUCUGGUUUAUUCAUUGCCAAUCUAUUUGCAAAGGUUAAUACAGGCUUGUCAAACAGAGCUUUCUAAUAUCUUGGCAGUGUCCUCUCUUCAUAUUUCAUAAUGCUGAUUUAAUUAUUAACAUGUGAUAUUGUGUGUUUGUGGCCCUGCUUCCUGAUAACUGCUGGUAACUGAUGGAUGUGGACAUGACAGG